CUCCCAGAAGCGGGAUUCUGGCAGUAACGCGUCCAGGCUGCUCUGGUGUUUGUGGCCCGAAAGGAGGGGAGUGGGGACCGCGUUUCGUGCCGUAACUUUGGACUGAAACGGUGUGAAUGCUGGUGGCGUGUUGGAGAAAGCUUUGUAGCAACGCGUUAGCGUAUGCUGAAAGCUCCUGCUGGGGCUUUGGUACAGCUGCCUGGUUUAUUGGGAGGAACAGAGAGAUCUGGAGCUGUGGUUGUUUGCACGAGCCGUUGCUUCCCGGAUCCUUAGGAAGCUGCAGGUCCACGUGCCGUGGGUCUGAGCCAUGGGUCCCUGCACUCUGCCUAUCUCCGUUGCUAUCAGUUAUUUAGAAAAGGGAGGUGUUGUAUGGCCCCUUUGGUGGCACUCUGUUCUGAAGUUCCGGCGGUGCCUGCCUCAGAAAGCCUCGGAACGUAAGGCUGUGCAUCCUUGUGCUGCGCGGUCGCUUAGACCGGUGAGGGUUUCUAUCUCCAUAACUUCCUGGCUUGAAUGCUCUCACCACUUUGGCCUCUAGAACAUCCUUUGAAAAUGAAUCCUGUCUUGUGCACGCCAUUUCCUUUUGUUGUUGUGCUGUUUUGGUUUUAAACCCACAUCCUUAACUUUUUUUCUUUCCGUUGGUCCCUGCUCUUUUAUUAUGUAAAGCGAUUAAUAAUUUUUCCCUACUUUGGCCUGCCAGGGAGUGGAAACGGAUGUUAAGGGCCAACAAUUGGCGAGGCAGAGAGAGGAGGCCUGGGACCAAGCAGGGCAGUGAGGGGUGAGAAGGUUUCAGGGCCAGUGGGAAGGGAGCCCGGUCAUAGGGUAAAACAUGGCAGGGUCCAGAUAGGUGUACUGAAGUCACAAAGCUCUCUGCAGAGUGCUGGUGCUUUUUAUGUCACCACAAACUUACAUGUCAUGGUAUUCGUCAGCUUCAGCUAUUGAGCUUCCAGAACAAACUUUGGAUGGUCAGAUUUCUUCUGACCAAUCCAAUAUAUAUGGAAGUUGAGUUCCUCGAGUUCCUUGCUUGUUGGUAAGCUGUUAAUUGGAUCCAUGGUAAUAAUUCCUGUGUGUUCAGCAGUAGAAUGACUGCCUUGUGAGAUGGGAGCUCUGGUCCUUGGACGCGUGUUGUGACAGGACAGUGUGCACUGAGUGCUCCCCUGUUUGAGUUCUUUUUCUGUACUCUUCUGUUGUAGUUGAUAAGAUGCUGUAACUAGCCCGGACUGUCUGUUUUGUUUUCCCGAAAUGCAAAGAUUGACCCACGUCAGCUUUUUGAGCAGACCUUGUGAUUCUAUGGAGAAGUUGUUUUUUCUGCUUUUGCAGAAGCUUCUCUGAUUCUAGACUUGUUCUGCAUUUCAAGAAAACACCAUGAGCUCACAAUUUCUUCUGUCAGGGAAAACGUCUUGGAAAGAGCUUUCAGUUGGCAUAACAUGUUUCUUUUCAAGUUUGUAGGUCUCAGGAUGAAAGUGGCACUUACUGGUGUGCUCGAGGUGCUGCCUGUGCAAGACUGCUGUUGUACCCAUAGGAAGCCUUGUUGCAGUCAGUGGGAUUCGGCAGCGAUCUCAGCCGCUGCAUUUCUGUCUGUAUAACUGAUUCUGUGUGCAAGCCAACUUCUUUAGUUAUUCUGACCGAACCAAAGGAAGGCCUGCUUGAAAACACUGCCACCCUCGCCUAGCUGUUUUACAGAAGUGGAUUGUGAAUGUAAGCCUUUGAUAACCUCAGCCUAUCAGCAUUAUAGGCCUUGGGACAGAUAGCAGCUCUCCAAGCCUCUUCAGGGGAUGCACCAUGACAUCAGCAGUGAUUGACACUGGAGGCCCUGGCCUGGAGUUCGACAGCACUGGAAUGAAAAACCACGAGGAAAAUGAGCCAGUCUCUGAAUUCCCAGCUGUGAUUGUGGAGCCAGUUCCUAGUGCCAGACUAGAACAGGGUUAUGCUGCUCAGGUCCUGGUUUAUGAUGACGAGACUUAUCUGAUGCAAGAUGUAGCAGAGGAACAAGAAAUUGAGACUGAAACUGUGGAAACAGUGGAAGCAUCAGUACACGGAAGCAAUGUACACUGCACAGAUAAGACAAUUGAAGCUGCAGAGGCCUUGCUUCAUAUGGAGUCUCCUACCUGCCUGAGAAAUGCCAGGAGUCCUGUGGAAGUUUUGGUCCCUCCUUGUGUGUCAACCCCAGAGUUCAUCCAUGCAGCCAUGAGGCCCGAUGUGAUCGCAGAAACUGUGGUAGAGGUGCCAGCAGAUGAAUCUGAACCAAUGGAUUCAUCUCCUGUUCGAACAUCCCCUGAUAUCCAUGAACGAAUGAAGAAGAAAAAAGCUGGCCGUAAACCCAAGAGCCAACAAUCGAGCAUUUCAGAUGGGUCUCCAGACCUAGGUAUAAAGAAGAAACCUAGAGAAGGCAAAGGAAAUACAACAUACUUAUGGGAGUUUCUUCUGGACCUUCUCCAGGACAAAAAUACUUGUCCUCGUUAUAUUAAGUGGACUCAGCGAGAGAAAGGAAUCUUUAAGCUGGUGGACUCGAAAGCUGUCUCCAAACUAUGGGGAAAACACAAAAACAAACCUGACAUGAACUAUGAGACCAUGGGAAGAGCUCUGAGAUACUACUAUCAAAGAGGAAUCCUUGCCAAAGUUGAGGGACAGAGGCUUGUUUAUCAGUUUAAGGAGAUGCCAAAAAAUAUAGUUGUCAUCGAUGAUGACAAAAACGAACCCUGCAGUGAAGAUUUGUCAAUGCCUACAGAUGAAAAGUCAUUGGAGAGAGUGUCUUUAUCUGCAGAAAACCUCUUGAAAGCAGCAACCUCUGCACGUGGAGGAAAAAACUUGUCUCAGUUAAGCUGUACCAGAACAGAAAAAGCAGUCACCAGAGUGGUGAAUAUUGCCUCACCAGCACACGAUACAUCAUCAUCUCGCCCCUCGACAACCACUACUACUGUCCCAGCAUCGUCAGCUCCCAGGACUGUACGUGUGGCAAUGCAAGUGCCUGUUGUAAUGACCUCUCUGGGACAGAAAAUUUCUACUGUGGCAGUACAGUCAGUAAACGCAGGGUCGCCGUUAAUUACCAACACAAGUCCAACAACGGCAACAACUCCAAAGGUAGUAAUCCAGACAAUCCCUACUGUGAUGCCAACAGCUACCGAGAACGGAGACAAAAUCACGAUGCAGCCUGCCAAGAUCAUUACGAUCCCCGCCACGCAGCUGACGCAGUGUCAGGUACAAACAAAACCAGGCCUGACUGGGUCGGGAAGCAUCAACAUUGUUGGAACCCCGUUGGCUGUUAGAGCGCUAACCCCAGUGUCUAUAGCUCACGGGACACCAGUGAUGAGACUAUCGGUGCCUGCGCAGCAGGCGUCCGGCCAGACUGCCGCCAGGGUUAUUAGUGCAGUAAUAAAAAGCCCGGAAGUGAAAUCAGACACAGCAGCUGUAACACAAGAACGUGAAGUGAAAACGCUGCAGCUCUUACAGGAAGAGAAGACGGCAGAUGGGAGCAAGACUGUAACCCACGUAGUAGUAGUUAGUACGCCCUCGGCUAUCGCGCUUCCUGUGACAAUGAAAACAGAAGGAAUCCUAACGUGUGAGAAGUGAAGAACAGGUUGCUUCCAUCGUGGACUUACAGACUGUUACUGUUUUGCUUAAACUGACAUAAUUGGGGAGGGAAGUGGAGGCGAUCGCCACGUCAAAAAGGAGAGUUUGGAAGUGUUAAAAAACAUGUGUAAUAUUGGAGACUUAGUGGGGAGAAAAAGAAGUAUUUUUCCCGUGUUUCAGUGGGAAUGGAACCACAUUGCUAUGCUGACAGAAACGGCCUCUUCCAGUCAGGAGACAGCUGAACCCAUGGAGAAGGAACGAUAGAGAGACUGAAAAGGGACCAAACAGUUCACUACGCUGUCACAGCACACUAAGACCUGGAACACUAAAAUUGAUUUGUGUGAGAGGUUUGCCUUGGUUUUUGGUUUUCAGGGAAGAGGAAAGUCUCAUUUCUAGAAAUGGCAAAGUUGAUGAAUUUUAUAUGCAUACCAGCAAUCACUACUGUGUGCCCGCAGUACUCAACUGGUGCUAAGUGAAAACCUCUGCUACUAGGUAUUGUAGAAUGUGAAAUAAAGGAGAUUGAAGAGCUUCUAAAAGAAGACAGAGACCUAGAGGGAUUUUUGUAUCAUAGCUUAAGCAGAUUUAAAAUGAAAGCCUUAGACUGAUUUUCAAUUAUCUUUCUUGAAAUAAGCUAAUGGCUUGUUUGUUUAAAGCUUUUUUAUUAAAACAAAUUUUUUAAAAAAUCUUGUACCUAGCACAGUAUUGUUAUAGAAUUACAUGUAACAUAUUUUGUAUGGUAGGUAAAGUCUGUCUAAAUUUCUUAAUUGUGGACAAAAUAGCAGCAGGCCUCCGGCCUUUUGCUGUAACAUGCCUGUGUCUCUCACUUAGCCUUGACAUCUGUGCAUACAUUUCAGUUUCAGCUCUACUCUGUCACUUGAAAGGUCACACCCAGCAUGAGCUUUUGUCAGGUAGUUCUAAACCUGUAAAUUUUUUUUUUUAGUUGAAGUUAAGAGGGAAGUACCAGUGUUCAGAAUGAACUAUAAUAGUUUGUAUAUUCAACAUUUGAAGUAUAUUCUAUUUUGUUGUACUCUUGUUUCAAAGUGUAUUCAAGUAGGUUUUACUGAAAUAUAGAAAUGAAAUUUG